AUGAAGCUCGGGAGUUUUUUCAUCGCUCUUAAAACAGCUGAGAGUUACGUGAUACGCGAUGAGGAAAACACAGCCUACGAUGUUCAGCCCGUCAAAGAAUGUAUUUCCAAGAUCGGAAAUAUCUGCGUCGCCCAGCGAAUUACUGGUUACACAAAGAAACCAACAUCGACGAUUAGUGAAACACUCGUUUCAUCUGACACUCCAAAAGAGGACAAGAAUAACUUUGAAAUGAGCCCACUUAUUGGAUACAUGCUCACCAAAGACAAGGACUACCUCACUCUCGGUGUCCAAGGCAGCGAUAUCAACGGACUUUCCAACCCAGCUGUCAACUACCUCGCCGCACAAAAAGCACAAGAUGGUGAUCUUGCUAUGUCUCUCGCCAUGUCUAAGAAUCCUCUUCUUCCAAUUUCCGAUGUUCUCACUCAAGAUGGUACCAUUGCCGUUGCCACUGCCAAGAACAACAAUCUCAAAGCCGAUCCUAAUGGCGUCGCAGCCGCCACCUUCCUCGCAGGCGCCAAAAAUCCCUACACCGCCUUUGCUCUUUCUGGAAGCACCAUCCCAGCACAGGGCAUUGCUGCCAACAGUAAAAACCCACUCUACUACGCCCUCGGAGGCAAUGCUGACAUGGCCGCUGGUUACGCCGCACUCGGUGGUAAUACUUGGGACAAGACCGGAGCUGAUCCAUGGCUUGCUUACGCCGUCUCUGGUGAUCCAGCCACCCUUCAUGCCGGUUUGAAUAACAAUGUUGCUGAUCGAACCCGAGAUUACUCUGCUUACCUCAGUGGCAACCCAGUCAUGAGCUACACUAUGACCGGCAACCCACUCGCCGCUGGUGUUCGAUCGAAUGUCAAAGUCAACAAGUCAAACAAUCCAGUCAUGAACUUGUACGCGGCCAAGCAAGGUGUCCAGGCUGCUACUGCUCUCACUGGAAACGCCAACGCCGCUUAUGCCGCUCAGAAGUACGCUGCUGACAACAACUUUGACGUUACCAAGACCGUCCUUGCCGAUCAACUUGGCAACCCUCUUCUGACAAAAGCCUUGACUAACGACCAGAAUCUGGUUCUCAGUCAGGUCGCCGCUUCUGCUGAUGCUGACACUAAGAAAUUCCUCGGAGCCAUGACCAAAGAUCCAUCUAUGGCCCUUGCCGUCUCUGGCGAUCCAGCAUCAGUCUACGCCGCCAGCAAGGAUGAUCCAGAGAAGCUAUCUCUCGCCAUGGCAACUGGAAAUCCUGCGAUCGCAUACGCAAUGACCAAGGAUCCAACCCUUAUGGCUCUUUCUUCAGACGAUCCAAAAGUCAAGCAACUCGGAGCUGCUCUUAGCGGUGAUACAAUCAUGGCUGGAGUUGUUGGUGGCCCAGCCGCUGCCCUUGCCGCAGACACUGCUGAUCCUGUCAGAAGCAUGAUGAUCCAACAGUUGGACAACCCCAUCGCUGCCUACCAGCUUACCAAUGAUGAACGAGCUCUUUUCAUUAACGAUAAAGACAACAAACUCUCCGCAGGUGUAAAUGCUCCUUUGGUCGCUGCCUUGACUAAGGAUCCUCUUCUUACCGCUGCUACUACAGGAAAUAUCAUGGCUUCCUACUACGCUGACAAACCUGAUCCAAUGAAGUCUAUGAUCCUCAACGGUUCUGGAAAUCCUGCUCUUGCCUACGCUGGAGCUCUCCGAGAUCCUGAUGUGACUCGAUCAGAUGCAAUGAUUGAUGCUGCCAUCGCUGGGGGAAACACUGACAUGGCUGCUGCCAAAAUCCUUGGAAAAGGUGCUCCUCCUGCAAUACAGCUAGGAGCAGCUGGCGUCCCCAUACAUAACAACGUACCUGAAUUCAUUCUUGGCGCAACUGGAAAUGCCCACGCUGCCCUUCUCGCCGAUGGAACCGAUACUAUUUCUGACGAAGACAUUCUCCUUGGUUCUCAGAGCAAUAGCGCAGCGCUCACUUACGGCCUCACGGGCAGCAACGUCCUCGCUGCAAUCACAGAUCCAGAGGCUAAAGCGAAUCCAGUUCUUGUCGGUGCUAACAGCAAGACCGAUGCAAUGGAAACAUUUGUCGCCACUGGUGAUGCUACUGCUGCCAACUUGGCAUCAGUUGACGUUGCCGCACCAACAGCGAAUGAUGAAAUUAAUAAAGCUGUUCUCGCUGGUCAGCUCGAUAGUCCUCUUGCCACUUAUGCGAUCACCAAGGACAAAGAUCUCAUGGCUAUCCAAAUGGCUGAGAACGGUGACGCCAACCCAAACACGAUCGCAUUCUUGACACAAGAUCAGGCUAAUACGUACGCUCUUACUGGUGAUGCCAAGGCUGCCUACAUUGCAAAGGGUUUGCCAACCGACACGACAAGUGAACAACUUAAGAAAUUCUACGCUGCUGAGACUGGCAACCCAGCCCUUGCCUACGCUGUCACUAAGGACGCUACCCUUGCGGCUCUUACUGCUGGACCAGAGAACGUUGCUAACGAUCUUGGACUCACAUACCUCCUCUCCAAGGAUGCUACUGUCCAACCUCACCAUGCCUUUGCUCUUACCGGCGGUAACCCAGCAACUCUCAUCGCAGGCAACCAAAAUACUGAUGCAGACAAGCUCGUCACUCUUUCCGCUGCCGCCACUGGCAACCCAGCUCUUGCCUAUGGACUCACUAAAGAUCCCACCCUCGCGGCCGUCACAUCAGAUCAGUUUAAGGCUGCACAAAAACCACACUCUACUGUUGGCGCCGUUUUGGCGCGAACUAACCCAGAACUUGCUUACUCUUUUACCGGCAACUCCAACUACUUGCUCCAAUCAGAACUUGCAGGCAAUCCAUCCCUCGCUCUCGCCCUUGGCCAGAACGCUCCACAACUGACAGCAGCUCAACUCGCUAGCUCUGCUUUCCUCACACAGGACCAGGCCUAUGCUCUCUACGGAAACCCACUCGUCUACAGCGUCGACCAGGCUACUCAGAAGCAGCUUGGCCUUGCUUCAGCCCUCGGCAGCCCAGCUGUCGGCUACUUGGUCGACCCUAACAAGGGAAAGGACGCUACUAAGACCCUCAACAAUGUUCUCGCCAGUCAAUCAGCGAAUCCACUAGCAGCUGCUGCCGCAAUCCAGACAAACAAUCCAAUCUUGCAAUAUGGCGUCACCCAGCAUCCUUAUUUUCUUUAUAACUCUCUCCUAAAUUAA